CAAGAACACUGCUUGCAGUUAUCGAGGCGUAGCUGAACAAAAGUAGGAAAGCCAUCGAUCCUCUGCUUCACCAUACCAAAUUUUAGUCAUGAUUGGUCGAUAUAUUGAGCUGGUCAUGUUUGCCCCUAUAUUUGCACAGCUGAUAGAAGUAGGAGAAGUUGUCUUGGGCAUAUAAGGUGAACAUAGAUCUAAUUACUAGCCAUGGCAAUGGAGGGAGAGGCAAACGAGAAGCUGCUGAAAAAAUUGGCAGCAGUGGAAGUCGGUGAUGGUGGUGAGGAUGAGCCACUGAAGGACAGGAUAUGGAGUGAGACCAAGAAGAUGUGGAUUGUCGCGGCGCCUGCAAUAUUCACCAGAUUCUCCACCUUUGGGAUUUAUGUCAUCAGCCAAGCUUUUAUCGGCCAUAUCGGGUCCACCGAAUUGGCUGCCUAUUCUCUCGUCUUCACUGUCCUAGUGAGAUUCGCAAACGGCAUCCUGCUCGGUAUGGCAAGUGCGCUAGAGACGCUAUGUGGCCAGGCCUAUGGCGCGAAACAAUACCACAUGCUCGGAGUGUACCUCCAGAGAUCAUGGAUUGUCCUAACAAUCUGCUCCAUCUUUCUAGUUCCCCUUUUCAUCUUCACUGCGCCACUUUUAAGGGCCUUAGGCCAGGAAGAUAAAAUUGCGGAGGUCGCUGGAGACAUCUCACUCUGGUUGAUCCCAGUCCUCUUUGCCUUCGUCGUAUCUUUCACCUGCCAAAUGUUUCUCCAAGCGCAGAGUAAGAACAUGAUCAUUGCAUACGUAGCGGCAUUCUCGGCAGUGGUUCAUCUGUGCCUUUCGUGGCUAUUGACCGUGAAAUACAAGUUUGGAAUUCUAGGCGCUAUCGCUUCCACCAUUUUGGCAUAUUGGAUUCCUAAUAUAGGACAACUCAUGUUUGUGUUGUGCGGAGGUUGCCGAGAUACGUGGAAGGGUUUCUCGAGUUCGGCCUUUAAGGCCUUGUGGCCAGUGAUCAAGCUCUCACUUUCAUCUGGCGCCAUGCUAUGUCUCGAGCUGUGGUACAACACGGUUUUGGUUCUUCUAACAGGCAACAUGGAAAAAGCAGAGGUUUCCAUCGAUGCGCUCGCCAUCUGCCUCAAUAUCAAUGGUUGGGAAAUGAUGAUCUCCCUCGGUUUCUUGGCUGCAGCAAGCAUUCGAGUAUCCAAUGAACUAGGAAGAGGGAGCUCAAGAUCAGCAAAGUUGUCAAUCAUGAUUACGGUGCUCACAUCAUUCGGCAUAGGAUUUGUUCUCUUUGUGUUCUUCCUCUUCUUCAGGGGGCGUCUGGCUUAUAUUUUCACGGAGAGCGAUGAGGUUGCCAAUGCCGUGGCUGAUUUAUCACCUCUUCUGGCUAUUUCCAUACUUUUGAACAGCGUCCAACCGGUGCUUUCCGGAGUCGCCGUUGGAGCUGGUUGGCAGAGCAUAGUAGCCUAUGUCAACAUCAUAAGCUAUUACCUAGUGGGGAUUCCUGUAGGAGUCGCGCUUGCCUAUUUCUUUAGUAUGCAAGUGAAGGGCGUCUGGGUCGGAAUGCUGUUCGGAACUUUCGUGCAGACUAUAGUACUGAUCGUUAUUACCUACAAAACUGAUUGGGAUAAGCAGGUAUCACUAGCUCAAAGACGCGUCAAUGAGUGGUUCGUGGCAGAAGAAGCAUCACACAAGACCGGCACGGGUGUCUAAUUCGAUCUUUUCUUCAUUCUACUGUUACACUCUUGAAGAUAGCGAAAAGCUCUGUAUCAGAUGUAAAAAUCUCAAUUCCCAGCAAGGGAACCGUCCUGCAAGAUGCGCAUCAAUUUAAUAAGAUAAGCGUACGAGCAGUGGAAGUGCUGUCAAAACAUUAGUUAUUCGACCUAAAUUACAGGAACAAUGACAUUCUAGCAAA